AUGCCGCCGCCAUCCAGCGACAAGAGGAGCAGGAGUGUCUGGGACAUGGCGGCGGAGAUGGGCAGCAUGGACACGGCCCGCAUGCUCGUGCUCCUGGCGCAGCACCACCAGCGCUACCAGCUCGGCGCCGUCAGCGGCGCGCAGGCGGCGCCGGCGAUGGGCGGCCGCGUGUUCGAGUGCAAGACGUGCAGCCGGCAGUUCCCGACGUUCCAGGCGCUCGGGGGGCACCGCGCCAGCCACAAGCGCCCACGCCUGCACCUCCAGCAGCAGCACCCUGCGCUCGGUGACGGCGACGACGGGGCCGCGCUAUGCCUCGGCCGCAAGACGGUUACGCCUCUGCCGCCGCCGCAGCAGCCGGCCAGGCCGAGGGCGCACGAGUGCCCCGUCUGCGGGCUCGAGUUCGCCGUCGGCCAGGCGCUGGGCGGCCACAUGCGCCGGCACCGCGUCGAGGCCGAGGCCGGCAAGGCGGCGCCCGGGGCAGCCUCAUGCGGCGACGCCGGAGGGAUCUGCCUGGACCUGAACCUGACGCCGUCGGAGAACUGCGCCAAGUGCAGGAGCGUGGCGGGGCUCGCCGGCGCCACGGCCACCGCCGGGCAGGGCGUACAUAAGGCGCUCGCCAUGCUAGACUGCACGCUUUGA